CUGAUAAAGUUGGUCAGUGUGUUCGGAGACUCCUGUCAGUCGUGAUCCGAGAUGGUAGCGAAAGCAAAGAGACGUUUGUGCGGCAGCGUCUCAUAAAAAGACCAGUGAGUCACUUGCAGCCGGCGCAGGUGGAACACGCGCGUUGUCGGAGCGCCGCCGCGGAACCCGGUGGAGUGAAGUGAAUCCAUGGCUCAGAGCGAAGAUGGAGGACGCAGUGGAAAACUGCAAACGGGGUCAGUUUCUACGGUGGCCGGACCGACGACGCCCCACCGUGAGCGGCCCUCAUGGAGCUGAGAAGUGCCACAAGAGGUGUGCUUGGCGGCCAGCGACCUGCAGCGGGGGCUGGAGGACGGGAGCGGACGCUGUGAGGAGGGUGUGCCGGGGGGUGGAGGGCGGUGCGUAAGUCUGCUGUAACACAAUCGUUUCUCUGAGAGUGUUUCCGCUGCCUUACACUCCGUCUCUCUCAGUCACCCACACACACACACAUCACAUCUCCUUUUUUAAAAAUACCCAAGGACAAUCCUCACUAUUAAUAGUGAUGGUGUUGUCAACUGGCUACGGAGAAAUGAGACCUUCUGUUCAGCAAACUAUUUUAGAAGGCGCUGGCAUCGGUGCAGCCGUAAUUGCUGCCCUUUUCCAAACCAUUAGAGGAGCCCGUCCGUGAGAGCAGCUUCCACCAAGUCAGUGUGAGGUUUGGUAAGUCGGCGCGAGCGACUCGCCCUGACAUUACUGACUUGGCUAAUGCCUCGGCACCCACCCUCCCCCACUGUGAUCACCUAGAUGGAUUCCAGAUUUGACUCAUGCUCUUUCACUGCUCUUGUUUACACUUGAACAAGGCUGUGUUCCUCUCCUUAGAAGCAAGGAAACAAAGAUGGAGCCUUCACGGCUCACUGUGGCUGCGGCUGAGCACUGUCAAACUCUUGGCCCCGGGGCCAAGUCCCUUCAACAGAAUUAGGGCCUCAGAUGAGAGUCGCUGCUGGUUUGGCGUCGACCUCAGCCUGGACCUGUCCCUUUGCUUGGUGACAUGGUGCAGUGAGGGACGGGGCCUGUCUCAUGACAGCCUCAGAUGAAACACUCGAGUCAAGGGAGACCGUCUUGGUUCCAACAGACGUGAGCCUCAGAUGAUUCAACCCUCCCGCCGUCUGGCCCAGCCACCUCAUGGUGCACUCAGGUGUGUGUCAGGACAGUCCAGUGUGGGUCCAGACCUCCGCUUCAGUUAUCAGCAGCAGAAAUGGCGGCUGUUGUUUGUGUCUGUGUGUGUGUGUGUGUGUGUCCCAGGAAUAGGGCCCGGUCAGAGCAGCACUUAAAGCUUAACACCAUUCCAGCCAAACACCUGUCGCACACACACCUGUCUCGGCCGGUGGCAGGCUGCCAGCUGGUCUUGCAGCUCCCAAGGUCACGUCUCCCUGCUUUCAGAUGUUGUGCUGCUGCGCUCCUGCUAACAGCUCCUGUCUGACAGGCUGAAGCCUUCUUUGUCCUCAGAGGAUUUACUGCCUCGUGCCGGACACUGGGACCAAAGCAUCUCACCGUGUGGUCACAUGACUCCUCCUCCACUGGGAGUCAAGGUCUCCCAGCCCUCCCUGCUUCCAUCCAUCACCUCGUCUUCAGCGCUUCUUCCCCGUCUCAGGGCCGUAUAUGGCAGGGCCCCCCAGCAGGCAGCGCAGGGUUAAACAUACUCUGAUGCUGUGGUCCGGCUCACUUGGGGCCCCACCUAUCCACGCGGGGCCAGAGGUUCACCUGCGAGUGUGGCCCUCCAGGCUCCGCUGCCGUCUCAACCGUCCCUCACCACACAGGAGUUGCGCUCCCGGCUGCUCUGCUGCGUGACCUCACACUCCCACAGUGACCAUGAUAAGGAGGCACUUCCAUCUCUGGCGGCUUCGUGGUGACCUUGCCUGGCGUCUGUGUUGGGCUCGUGUUUACCCUGGUGUAAAUAGAUCCUGACAGAGUGGCUGGCCCCCGACCAGGUGGGGGCCACUGCACCAGUCAAGUCAACAGACCACUCUCUCUAAUUUGUUUGAGGUGUGUGUGUGUGUGUCGGCAGUGAUGGCUGGAGCUGCCUCCUGCUCUCUGGUCACCAUGGAGCUGUCGGGUGGUGUCCAGUGGAGGCUUCUGCUGCCGGCCCGGUGCCAGACACCUUCUCUGUCUCUGAGGGCAGGUCACCUGGUGCCAGGUGUGAUGAGCCGUUCGUGGCCCCGGGCCCUCUCAGCUCUCUACACUGGUGCUCGGCUCAUGGACCCUGCUGCGGUGACCAUGGCCCUCACAAUCAGUGUGUGGUGUUAGGGUCAGGGUUAACCCACAGAGAUGAGUUGGGGAAGUGACCCGCUGACGUUUUCUUUCUCACUCGAUGGAUGUUGAGAUGGUUCAGGUUUGAGCGGUGAGCAGGGUUCAGAAGUUCAGGACGCCCAGGACCAUCCAUGGGAGACGUUGGUGACGCAGGCGUUGGUCCUUGUGACUUGUCAUUGAAGUCAGUGAUGGGAUGUGUUCAUCUGCUCACUGCAACAGACACCACCCACAUGUUCCUCCUUCAUGUCACCUUCAGGCCUGAGGCAGCUUCCAGGGGGGUCCUUGCUCGAGGGGUGUGACAUUCUCCAAGCUCCCUGACAGAACACUGAAGUUCUGCCUUUGUGCCACAGCUGACCCCCCUCACUAUUUUUACCAGCCGGUCCCAACUGCCACGAUAGCCACAGUUACUGUAGCAGCCUGCUGAGACAUACACACACGACACACACACACACAUACACUCACACACAGAUGACACACACACGACACACUCACACUCACACACGCCAUACACACAGACACUCACAACAGUCGCUCUCCACUGUUGUGCCGCUGCCGUCGGCCUCUGCAAGGACCUGGGCUCAUGUAGACCCGCACGCCUCCCUCCUGCACUCUUCUCCUGACGAACAUCAUCUUCAUCACUUUAAUGGCCACCUCACUCCUGUGGUGCCCCUCAACCCUUCUCCAUCUCCAACUUCUCUGCCUGUUCAUUGUUGUGGAUCACCAGACCUUCCUUUCCCUUUCUAGAGGUGUGUGUUUGGCUCGAGCCCGGUCCCAGACCCGUGUUGCACCACCUGACAACUCAAGGAGGGACUGGGUUUUAGUCUUUCGGUGGGUCAGAGCCAGCUCUUGUUUGAAAUGAUGAACGCUUACACUUCGCCAACUUCCUCCAUUCAGCUCAGAGCUGUCUUUCCAGGAAGUGAUGUCAGAGCUCUUCGGAGAAUGGCAGACUGCGUGUGAAGGAAGGCCAGCGUGCGUCCGUGCCAGUGUCUCUGGAGCAUUAGCACGGCCUGAAAGCAGCGUAACCCGAUCCUAACGGAAGAUUGUGCAGCUAAAUGUCAGUGAGCCACCGCCGAGGUCAGGACCAGAACAGAGGUCACCGAGCAGCGGGGGAGAAGAGAGGGAGCUGGCCUGGGGACGGUCCCACCUAACCUGGUCCCUCCUGCAUCUGGGGUGAAGGUGAUUCUCCAGGAACGCCUGAGCCCAGCCUCACACCUUCAUGUAUGAGCAAAUGAGUGGACCUCGGCCACAGCUGUUCACCACUGCUGCCCAUUUCUACAGCAGCUGCUGAUGCUCCUCCUGCUCUGAUCCUCUCCCCACCUGUGGUGUGUUUUCUCCAGCCAGGGAUGUUGGGCUGGGCAGGCUGCUGUGGUCCUCACAGUGACUGUACCGGUCCAUGAGAGGCCUCGCUCGCCUCUUCCGUGCGUCAGAGUCGGGGCCCACACACGCAGGGCCAGGGGCCCACGCUCACUCCACCAGCCAACCGUCACUAAAUGCCCGUCGUAUUUCCCCCUCAAACAUGCAGCAGACGCUUGUUUCCUCCAGGUCUGUGCCGUGAAGCUUGUGUGGGGCAGCCCCUGACUUGACCCCCGCGCCACGGACCGAGUCGGCUCCGUGUCUUUCCUGAGACGAGCCGAGUCGGCAGGUGGAGCCGCAGGUCCUCCGGUUGAGGUUCAGGAAGCCAGGGAUGACUGGGUCAGUGUGUGGUGACUUGUGGUGCACAUGUGUGCGAGCAUGUGCCGUGAACCGGUUGUCCCUCAGUGUCCCCUGCCUCUCAUUCAGAAAGACUCGCCCCCCCCCCAUUGUCCUGGCCAUGCGUGCUCUCUUCUGCGCGUCUUAUUUCCAGCGGACCCCUCUGCAGUUGUUGCCCCUCCUUCCCCUCCCCCAACAUCCCUGCCCACCUAAUUGUGCUGUGCUCAGCCAAUGAAGCGCGAGUGCACGGCAGGCGAGCACCAAUGGGACCACUUUCUCUAAUGUAUAAAACUUUUUCGGACAGUUUGCCGGGGUGCACUUUCUGUCAGCUCCGAGUGGAGAGCAGCAGCCGAGAGAGAGAGAGAGAGAGAGCGAGGGGGUAGAGAGCCAGCCGGUCUGAACGCAGGGUGGUCGCCUCUUCUUAAUCCCAAUCCCAGACUUGGAGGAGCGCCUCUCCGUGUGAGCCAGGAUGGAGAACGCACACACCAGAGACUCGCAGGAUGUCCUCUCCUACUUUGGCGUGAGCGAGGACUCGGGCCUCACACCGGAGCAGACCAAGAAGAACCUGGACAAGUUUGGCUACAAUGAGCUGCCUGCAGAGGAGGGAAAGAGCAUCUGGGAGCUGGUGGUGGAGCAGUUUGAAGACCUGUUGGUCCGGAUCCUGCUGCUGGCUGCCUGUAUCUCUUUUGUGCUGGCCUGGUUUGAGGAAGGAGAGGAAACCGUCACCGCGUUCGUGGAGCCCUUCGUCAUCCUCCUCAUCCUCAUCGCCAACGCUGUGGUCGGAGUGUGGCAGGAGCGUAACGCGGAGAGCGCCAUCGAGGCCUUGAAGGAGUACGAGCCCGAGAUGGGCAAGGUUUACCGGGCGGACCGCAAGAGCGUGCAGAGGAUCAAGGCCCGGGAGAUCGUCCCCGGUGACGUGGUGGAGGUGUCCGUGGGUGACAAAGUCCCUGCCGACAUCCGGAUCAUCUCCAUCAAGUCGACCACCCUGCGUGUGGACCAGUCCAUCCUGACCGGUGAGUCUGUCAGUGUCAUCAAACACACCGAUGCAGUGCCGGACCCUCGAGCCGUCAACCAGGACAAGAAGAACAUGCUGUUCUCUGGCACCAACAUCGCAGCGGGGAAGGCGACCGGGAUCGCGGUGGCAACAGGUGUGUCCACGGAGAUCGGCAAGAUUCGGGACCAGAUGGCCGCCACCGAGCAGGAGAAGACGCCGCUGCAGCAGAAACUGGACGAGUUUGGCGAGCAGCUGUCCAAGGUCAUCUCACUCAUCUGCGUGGCCGUGUGGAUCAUCAACAUCGGCCACUUCAACGACCCCGUCCACGGCGGCUCCUGGUUCCGCGGGGCCAUCUACUACUUCAAGAUCGCCGUGGCCCUGGCCGUGGCCGCCAUCCCUGAAGGUCUGCCUGCCGUCAUCACCACCUGUCUGGCUCUGGGAACCCGCCGCAUGGCCAAGAAGAACGCCAUUGUCAGGAGCCUGCCCUCCGUGGAGACCCUGGGCUGCACCUCCGUCAUCUGCUCCGACAAGACCGGGACCCUCACCACCAACCAGAUGUGCGUGACAAAGAUGUUCAUCAUCGACAGGGUGGAGGGCGAGAGCGUGUCUCUCGGGCAGUUCGACAUCUCCGGCUCCAAGUACACCCCGGAGGGCGAAGUCACCAGGAAUGGCUCGCCGGUCAAGUGCGGCCAGUUCGACGGGCUGGUGGAACUGGCCACCAUCUGCGCCCUCUGCAACGACUCCUCUCUGGACUACAAUGAGUCAAAGGGCAUCUACGAGAAGGUGGGCGAGGCCACCGAGACGGCACUGAGCUGCCUGGUGGAGAAGAUGAACGUGUUCAACACGGAGGUGCGAGGCCUGUCCAAGGUGGAGAGAGCCAACGCCUGCUGCUCGGUGAUCAAGCAGCUCAUGAGGAAGGAGUUCACCCUGGAGUUCUCCAGAGACAGGAAGUCCAUGUCCGUCUACUGCUCUCCCGCCAAGUCGGCCAAAGCUCCAGUGGGGAACAAGAUGUUUGUGAAGGGUGCACCGGAGGGCGUCAUCGAUCGCUGCGCCUACGUGCGCGUGGGCACCUCCCGCGUGCCGCUGACCGGCCCGGUGAAGGAGCACAUCAUGUCAGUGAUUAAGGAGUGGGGCACGGGGCGCGACACGCUGCGCUGCCUGGCGCUGGCCACCCGGGACUCCCCGCUGAGGAAGGAGGAGAUGAACCUGGAGGACUCCACCAAGUUCGCUGACUAUGAGGUGGACCUGACCUUCGUGGGCUGUGUGGGCAUGCUGGACCCUCCUCGCAAGGAAGUGAUGAGCUCCAUCCAGCUGUGCCGAGCGGCCGGCAUCCGGGUCAUCAUGAUCACCGGGGACAACAAGGGCACGGCCGUCGCCAUCUGCCGGCGCAUCGGCAUCUUCUCUGAGGAUGAGGACGUGAGCGGCAAGGCCUUCACCGGCCGCGAGUUCGAUGACCUCAGCCCGUAUGAGCAGAAGAACGCAGUGCGCAAGGCCUGCUGCUUUGCCCGGGUGGAACCCUCGCACAAGUCCAAGAUCGUGGAGUUCCUGCAGGGCUUCGACGAGAUCACCGCCAUGACCGGAGACGGUGUCAACGAUGCCCCCGCCCUGAAGAAGGCGGAGAUUGGCAUUGCCAUGGGCUCUGGCACUGCCGUUGCCAAGUCGGCCUCUGAGAUGGUCCUGGCGGACGACAACUUCUCCUCCAUUGUGUCUGCUGUGGAGGAGGGCCGAGCCAUCUACAACAACAUGAAGCAGUUCAUCCGCUACCUCAUCUCCUCCAACGUGGGCGAGGUGGUGUGCAUCUUCCUGACGGCGGCACUGGGUCUGCCCGAGGCGCUCAUCCCCGUCCAGCUGCUGUGGGUCAACCUGGUGACGGACGGCCUUCCCGCCACCGCACUGGGCUUCAACCCUCCUGACCUGGACAUCAUGGGCAAGGCCCCGCGCUCCCCCAAGGAGCCACUCAUCUCUGGCUGGCUCUUCUUCAGAUACCUGGCCAUCGGAGGGUACGUCGGUGCUGCCACUGUUGCUGCUGCCGCCUGGUGGUUCCUCUACAGCGAGGACGGUCCCAUGGUCACCUUCUCUCAGCUGUCCCACUUCAUGCAGUGCAGCGAGGACAACCCUGACUUCAGCGACAUCCGCUGCGAGGUGUUUGAGUCCUCGCCUCCCAUGACCAUGGCUCUGUCCGUGCUUGUCACCAUCGAGAUGUGCAACGCCCUCAACAGCCUUUCUGAGAACCAGUCGCUGGUGCGGAUGCCGCCCUGGAGCAACGGCUGGUUGGUGGCCGCCAUGACUCUGUCUAUGUCGCUUCACUUCAUGAUCAUCUAUGUGGACCCCCUGCCUAUGAUCUUCAAGCUGACUCAUCUGACGGUGGAUCAGUGGAUGGUGGUUCUCAAGCUCUCCUUCCCCGUCAUCCUGCUGGACGAGCUGCUCAAGUUCGUGGCUCGCACGUACCUGGAAGGAAAGGUCUGAGGUCCGAGUCGAACUGUGGACGACGGUCAGAGAGACGCCGACACGGGACUGAGGCCAGGCGCCGCCUUGCUCGGCGGCGCCGGUCAGAACACCACGUGGCAGGAAAAAAGCUGCAAAAUGUUUUUUCUGUAUGUACUGAAGUUAAUAUAUAGAUGAGUUGCUCAAACGCCAGUGUUGAUUUUAUUCUUAAAGAAUAAAGACAUGUCAUUGUGAA